AUGAGGCGGAGUGACUGCUACAUCUUUCUCUCUAAUCCGUACUUCUCUCUCUCUGUCUUUCUCUCGCUCUCUCUCUCUCUCUCGCUUUUUCUCCCUCUCACUAUCUAUCUAUCUAUCUAUCUAACUAUCUAUCUAUCUAUCUAUCUCUUUCUUUCUCUCCUAAGAUUUUACCUCAUUUGCAUCGAAGUACCAGCUUCUGAUUGGGCGGAAUAUAAGCGCAGAGCAGCGGUAGUAGCUUCUUUUCGCGUCGGGAAGAGGCCUGCGGAUGUGAUAGCCUUGUUUAGCACCUACGUGUUCGUCGCCGCCGUCAAGGUACAAUCGCCAAUGGAGGAAGCCAGAGCUACGCCAAGAUCGCCGCUGACACGGGCUGUCACAAGUCGACGAUCUGCCGAACGAUCAGGAAGGACAUUGGUUACUCCUCGUACCGCAUGUCUCAUGCUAAUCACGAAUGCCACCAAGGAGUCGAGGAAAGUUAACGCGACGGCUUUGCUGGACGAGCUCAAACACGGGUCCGCCGAGAUGAUGAGGUUCUUCUCUGAUGAAAAGAAUUUCAUCCAGGACCGGACGAGCAACAGGCACACCGACAGGUGGAUUGGCAAAUACAUCGAGGAGGUUCCCGUCGACGUUGGUGGUGGUCCCUGUCGCCGCUUGACUUCGGCUGGACCCAGCAGAAUGUCCUUAUCGAGCCCACCUCGUCGCAUAAUGUGCCCAAAGUACCCGAGCUUCCUUAGUGCACUCUACUCUCUCAAUACGUACCUUGUUCUGAUGGUAUCUAGCACCCACUUACUACUGCGUCUCGCUGUCUAUGACACUCUGAGGACACGUCAACAUACCGAAAGCGUCAAUCCGGUGUUUUUUCUCUCUUGGCGAUGUCGAAAGCAAUGA